AUGGCGUCUUCUCCAGACAUCCCCGGCCUCAAGUAUGCCAGUCACCAGUACGGGCAGCACCAGCUCCAGCAAGUCGGCGUCUGGCAGUUUGAAGAGCCAGAAACGGCACCCUCAACGCCAGCCUAUUGGAUAAUCUUUGUCCAUGGAGGCGGGUGGCGAGACCCCAGAAACAACAUCAGUGACUUUGUGCCGUCCAUCAAGCACAUGCUGGCGCUGGCCGAUCUGCCGAAAUCUGCGGUUCGCGGCUUUGCCAGCCUCGACUACCGCCUGUCUCCGCACCCGCGAUUCCCCCAGGAUCCCGCCUCGACGCCGGCGGAUGAGUUUCGCCAGGCCCAGCAUCCGCAUCAUGUCCAAGAUGUCCUGUCCGCGCUGAGGCUGCUUGAUGCCGAGUAUGGCAUUGGCAACGACUACGUGCUCAUUGGCCACUCGGCCGGCGGCACGUUGGCUCACCAGGUCAUCACGAACAACGGCAUAUCCGAUAGCUGGGGUCCGGUGGCGCCCUUUCCCGCAGCCCUCAUCAGCAUAGCCGGCAUACACGACCUAAGAGGCAUUGUAGACAGGCACGAUACUUUUUACGAGACAUUCGUGAUCGACGCCUUUGGUCCAGACAGGCUAGCAUGGGACGCAGCAUCUCCGGCAAAGUUUCCCGGAAGCUUCAAGACCCUGUGCCCCGAGGUCCCUCGUCUGUUCAUCUUGGCAGCGUCUACAGAGGACACCGCCAUCGACAUGCCCGAGCUCGACAUCAUGGAGGCAAAGCUCAUCAAGGACGGCAUCACGCCGCUCGUCUUCAGGAACCUCCAUCUUGAGCAUGACAACAUCUGGGAAGACGGCUCGCAGGUUGCGACUCUAGCAGCCCGAGCCGUGGCAGAGCUGCAGCAACGCUGA